AUGCUUCCUAGCAGUGCCGUGCGCGAGCUUCUCAAGACUCGUCGGCUACAGCCGGCGGACGUAGCAGGGGGGCCCGCAUGUCUCCCCCCACUCCUCCGCGCGCAGCCCCACCUCGCCCCGCGCAUCAUCUCCGCCCUCCUCACUUUCUGCGCUCCCCCCCAGGAGGGGAGAUGGGGGGAAGGGCGGGAGGUCAGGCGGGAUCGGGGACGAGGCUCUUGGGGGGAGGGCGCGGGGGAAGGAGGAGCAGGAGGGGUAAACGAGGGUGGUGGCGACGCUGCUUUCUUAGACGAGGCAGUAGAAGCGGUUAUGGCUUUAAGCGGUGGUCGCAUGGGCUUUAAUCUCGAUCUGGAUUCUCUAGCCAUGGUGAAAGAAGCCUAUUCUGACGGGGACCACGAGGGGCAUGACUAUGCAAUGAUCAAAACGGGCGGUGGAUGCUGCGACUGCGGCGAUCCAACGGCCUGGAAGCGUCAGGGGUUUUGCAAGAAGCAUCCUGGCCCUGGGCACGCCCCGCCCCUCCCGGAAAGUUUCGUUGCCCGGGCAGAGCCCGUGCUGGCCGCGGUUGCUGCGGAAUGGCAGCAGAAAAUAGUUUUCGCUGCCCGGCUGGAGGAGGAACGGAGUGGAGGCGCAGCAGGGUGGGGGGGUUCUGGGUUUGGGUUUGGAAGCGGGAGAAGCGGGGGCGGAGGGGGAGGGGGAGGCGGAGGGGGAGGAGGGAGAGGCGGGACAGCGGGAAGCAGUAUGAGCUCGCUGCUAGGUUCCCUCACAGGGGGUGUGGGGGGGUCGGGAGGGUGGAUGAGUGGUAACGAUGGGUUCAGAGGAUCUUCCUCCUUCUCGUCCUCCCCCUCCUCUUCCUCCUCCGCAGCGCUAUCAGCAGCAGCGCGGUUGCGAGCAGCGAAGAACGAGGCAGCAGCAGCAACUGAGAGGUUCUCGGAGAUGUUUCUGAGACUGGCCAGCACCAGUGAAGGGCUGCUGCACCUUGUCUCGUCCGUGCUCACCAGGAAAAGCCCUAUCCCCGUUACUGCCCGCCCUGAUACAGUGCCAUCGGGGUUCCAUCCGACCAACAUUACCAUUACUCCUACUGCUUCUUCUGCCCUUACAGCCGCUGCCCCUACUGGUCCCGUCUCUGCUCCUGGAUCUUCCCAUGCACUCUCUUCUUCGGCUCCUGUGGGAUUAGGCUCACUGCUCAGCCCAGCAGCAGGGUCGUCUCUCCCAGCAUUGUCACAUCCCGCAGCAUCACCUCCCUUAGUGUCACCUCCCCCAGCCUCACCUCCCUCUACCACCGCUGCUGCUGCAUCCGCCAGUCUGUUGGAAGCUCUGGUGGCAAACGAGGAGGGUAUUAAAGAGGACUCCAUGCUCGUAGCCCACCGCCUUCUCUACAAGCUCCUAGGCGACCCGGGCUUUAAGUACCAAUUCGCCCUCGCGUUCGUUGCUAACUACUCGGCCUUCGUGCUGGGGAGUGGGGGGAGAGGGGACGGGGAGGAGGGCGGGGGAAGGUGGGGGGGAGGGGGUGCGCGGGGGAGCGGAGGGCGGAGGGGAAGAGGAGCGGCGGGGAGUGGGAGUGCAGGGAAUAGGGUAUCGGUUCUGGAGAGCUUUUCGGUGCAGAUUCUUACGGUGCCGGUGCUGACGCCCAGGCUCGUGGUGGAGGCUCGGCUGCUGGAUAUCCUGCUGGGUACCCUGCAGAGCAUGCUGCAGGGGGCGCUGGGACGAGACGGGCGCAUCAAUAGCAUGCUGCAGAGCAUGCUGCAGAGCAUGAUGCAGAGCAUGCUGCAGAGCAUGCUGCAGAGCAUGCUGCAGAGCAUGGUGCAGAGCAUGAUGCAGAGCAUGCUGCAGAGCAUGAUGCAGAGCAUGGUGCAGAGCAUGAUGCAGAGCAUGGUGCAGAGCAUGGUGCAGAGCAUGAUGCAGAGCAUGAUGCAGAGCAUGCUGCAGAGCAUGCUGCAGAGCAUGCUGCAGAGCAUGCUGCAGAGCAUGGUGCAGAGCAUGGUGCAGAGCAUGCUGCAGAGCAUGGUGCAGAGCAUGAUGCAGAGCAUGCUGCAGAGCAUGCUGCAGAGCAUGAUGCAGAGCAUGAUGCAGAGCAUGCUGCAGAGCAUGCUGCAGAGCAUGAUGCAGUUAUCCCGAGAGGAGGUGCACAACGGGCGAGUGACCGACGAUAUUCGCUACGUCCUCUCCCACUCCGCCUCCUCCCGCCACGUCACCGCCCGCCGCCCGGACCUGCUGCGCGCGUGGCUGCGCCAGUUGGCGGCCGCCCAAGGCAUGUGUCCACACGUGCGGCGCACAACCACCCACGUGGCAAUAGAGCUGGACGAUUGGAGCUUCGCGUACCUGUUAGAAGCACAGCUGGCGACGGUCAACCCGCUGCUCGCCGAAGCUAGCGCCGUGCCUGAGCUGGAGGCUCGGAAGGAGGGUCGGCAGGUGGAGGGAGGAUCGGCAGGGGAGAAAGGGGGAGGAGAGAAGGUAGGGGAGAAGGGGGGUGAAGGGGGAGGGUUUCCGGGGUUGGGGUUCGGGAGGAGGAAAACCCUGAGAUGGUUUGUGGAUGAAGGUGCAGGGCAGCACGCAGGGCAGCAGGCAGGGCAGCAGGCAGUGGGGCAGCAGCAAGGGGAACAGGCAGGGGGCAGUGGCAGUGGCAGAAGCGAUGGCACAGCAGCAGAAGCAGCAGCAGGAGAGACCAUCCCUGGGGAUGGAGGUUGGGGGGGUGGUGCUGCUGAACUUGAUGCUACUACCAGCUGGAAGGCAGAGGGUUUUGACCCAGAGGCAUAUGCGGAUGACUGGAGAGAGACCGAGACAGGCACGCACACAUACCUGCCGCCCCGAGCCUGCGAGGUUCGGCAGGUGGCGGCGAGGUUCGGAGUUCCUCCGGCGCUGGUGCGGCUGCUGCACGAGUGUGCGUGGGUGCUGGCGCGGUGGGUGGCAGUGGAGGGGUUGAGGUCACUGGGGUCAGCGUUUGGGAGCGGGGCGAGCAGUGUGGAGGCACUGAGACUGCUCGGCCUUACCAGGUCGCACUUUCCUGCGUUUCCAUCUGCUGCUGCUGGAAAUGCCGGUGCUGCUGCUGCUGCUACUGCUGGUACUGCUGGCGGUGGUGGCGGUGCUGGUGGUGGUGCUGGUGGUGGUGCUGGUGGUGGUGCUAGUGCGACGGCGAUGAGAGGGAUGAGGCAGCUUGGGCAGCUGGGUCUGUUACCAGGUGCAGCCGCAGCAGCCAUGGCUCGUAUCACCUCCCCUUCCCACCCGCCCCGCCCCACUCCCUCCGCCUCCCCGCCUUCGCCUCUGCUAACCCCUCUGCCUGCCGCUGCCACCACAGGUAGACUCUCUGGUGGGGGCACGUCUGGGGAAGGCUCACCUGGGGGAGGGGUUGCUGGUGGGGGUAGGCCCAGGGGGGUCUCAGCGCCUUCGCUGACUGCUGCUGCUGCUUUGGAACAGCAGCAACAGGAGGGUCAGUCGUUGCAGCAGCAGCUAGAGGGUCAGCAGCAGCAACAGCAGGAGCGGCAGCAGGUGCAGUUACUGUCGUCGGUUCUGGUGCACGCGCCAGGAGCUUCUCUCCUGUCGUUCAAAUGGGCCCAGGACGAACUGAAGAGCCUUGCUUCCGAGGCAGCUGCUGCUGCUGCUGCAGCCGCAGCAGAGAGGGCGGGUGGAGGCGGAGGGGCUGUGGGUGGUCGAAGCAGCAUAGCAGGUGACGCUGGGGAAGCAGGAGCAGUAGGAGGAGGAGGAAGAGGAGCAGGAGGCGGAGGGGGAGGGGCAGCAGGAGGCAGCGGCGCCAGUCCAGUGGGGCGGGCAGGGAGGUUCCUAUCAGGCAUGGCCGCAGCAGCAGGGGCGGCAGCUGCUGCUGUGGGCGGCAGAACCACAGGAGCAGGCAGUCCGGGCACUAGAGGGGGAAGUCCAGGGGGAUUGGGGCAAGAGAGAGUGGCCACAGCAGGAGCAGAGGCAGUGCCUGCGCUUGGGCUUGAAGGGUUGGGGAGAGGGGGAGGGGAAGGAGGUGUGGGAGGAGCAGAAGCGGGAGGGGGUGCUGGGUUAGGAGCGGGUGCAGGGCUGGGUAGAGUGGGUUUGAGAGACGGCGAAGCGCCUGCUGCGAUUGUUCCUGCUCCUGCUCCUGCUGCUGCUGCUGGUGGUGGUGGCACAGGAAGGGGAGGGGAGGAGCACGCAAGGCAGGAGGGGGAGGACAUGACCCACACGCAGAGGGGCCACAUGGGGAUCUUAAGCAACUGGCUCAGAAGGGCGUCUAGGUUCAGGGCGACAGGGGGAGAAGGGGCACAGGGAACCCAGGGCAGGCAUGCAGGGGCAGGUGAAGCAGCAGGCGCAGAGGCAGCAUGGGCAGACGUAGGGGUAGGUGCAGAGGCAGGAGGGGCAGGAGGAGGGGAAGCAGCGGCAACAGCCAUGCAGGCAGAUUCGUUGGCAGCAACAGAGGCAGUAACUCUCUCUGCUGCGCACCCCCCCUCCGCCGCCCCCCCUCUCUCCGCUGCUGCUGCUGGUGCCCUCAGUGCACGGAGCAGCCCCUGCUGGUGGGUGGGGCGGCAGCUGCUGUCGCUUCUGGAGGGGCUGCUACCGUUCCCUCCCCCUCGGGUUGAACCAGGGGACUUGGCAGGAGACACGCCACAGGAGGGGGCUUGGGCAGAGGAAUCUGCUGCAAGAGGGGCAAGAGAAGGGCCAGGGGCAGUUUUGGGGGCAGGGGCAGUUUUAGGGGCGGGGGCAGGGGCGGGGGCAGUAGCAGGGGCGGGGGAACGCUGUAUUACCAUGGCUACGGAGGGGUGGGAGGCGAGUUCUAUGUCAAAGGGGCCUGUGGGUGGGGCUGAGAGUGUGCUGGAGUGGCCAGUGGUGGAGUACGAUGUGGCGCGGCAGGAGGUGUCGUUUCACCUGCCUCUGCACCGCAUGCUCGCACUGCUCCUGCACUCCCUGCUGCGCCUCUCCUGCCCCGUGCCCGACCCACCAGGCGACGCACAUGGGGACUCAGAGCAGAGGGUUGGGAACGAAGGGAUGGUGGAGGGCUCACGGGAUGCGAGGGAGGAGAGAUGGAGGGAGAGAGAGGCGGCAGAGCUGUGCUUGCUGCGCCUGCUGCCCAGUAAGCUCCAGAGAGGAAGCUUCCUCGCAGCUGUGGCGGAGCACGGGCUGCGAGUGCAAGUGCUGUGCGCGCAGAUAUCAGCGGGAAUGUGGAGGAGGAACGGGCAAUCCAUGGUCGCUCUCUGCGACCUCUACCACUCCGUGCACUGGUCAGUCGUUUCUGCCGCCUCUCUCUGUGCUCCUCCUCUCUCUCUCUGCCCCCCUCACCCUCUCUGUGCUCCUCCUCUCUCUGUGCUCCUCCUCUCUCUGUGCUCCUCCUCUCUCUGUGCUCCUCCUCUCUCUGUGCUCCUCCUCUCUCUGUGCUCCUCCUCUCUCUCUGUGCUCCUCCUCGCUCUCUCUGCCCCCCUCACUCCUCCCUCUGUGCUUUUGCCACCUCCCUCUCUGCGACCUCUACCGCUCCGUGCACUGUGCACUGCCAUCUCGGCUCCUCCUCACCCCUCUCAAGCUUCAUAUGACCGUCAUACCCUCCCCCUGACCCCUCUUCCCAUGCCAUGCCAUCCCAGGUGUGAGGACAGCCUGGAGUUGGACCUCUUCCUGUUGCAGUGCACUGCUGUCUCGGCUCCUCCUGAUGCCUUUGUGCGCCAGGUUGUAGCGCGCUACAGCCUCACCAGCUACUUCUCCCUCGCUGUGGGGACGGCAUCAGAGUACGAGCCUGCAGUGGCCCAGGACUGCAUGGCCUUCCUCAUCCGUCUCAUCUCAGAGCGAUCCUUUUCCGGCCUCCCCCCCACUGCGGCCCUCCGGAGGGAGGUAGUGCAGCGCCUAGCCAUCGGCAACGCCACCCGCAGCAGCGUUGUCAAGUCCCUCCCCCCUCGCUUCGCCGAAAACCCCGCCAUCCCCGCCGUUCUCGCUGCCGUUGCGGAUUAUUCCCGCCCCUCGGGAAUGGAGCAAGGGCGAUACUUACUUAAAAGAGACUGUUACAGGGAGCUGGAUUUGUACUGCCUAAGAUGGGCGCCUAGGGAGUUGCAGCGAGCGGAAGAGAGGUAUGCGGAGGCGGUUAAGAGAUCUGCGGUUGUGGAGCAGACGCCGAGAUGGCGCGAUCCUGUCCGUCCGUUGAUGGGCCUGCGGGAGAUUGCCACGUCAGCAGGCAUGCAUGAUGUGGUGCUGUCGGUGGUGCUGCACGCGUGGUGGGAUGAGGAGGGGAGAGAGAUGAGCUACAGAGAAGCCAGAGGCAGCAACGGUGCCAGCAUUGGGAGUGGUGGUGGUGGUGGUGGUGGUGGCGGUGGUGGGAGUGGGAGUGGGAGUGCAGGGAGUGGGAGUGGGAAUGGGAGUGGGUUGUCUCGUGCGCCUGAUAUUGUGCUGCAUGCCGCGCUGCAUCUGCUGGCAUUGGCUCUUGACACUUGCGUGGCGUGGCAGGAAGCCGAGGAGAAGAAGGGGCGGGAAGGACAGAGAGGGCAGGGAGGAGACGAGGAAGAGCAGGGAGAGAAGGUGGGGAGAGAGGGUGGUGAGGAGGAGGGGAUGCGGAUGGAUGUGGAUGGGCGUGUGGGAGGGGAUGCGAGCGGCGGUUGGAGUGAAGGAAGAGAAGCAAGAGGGGGAGGAGAAGGAAGGGAAGGAGAAGGAAGGGAAGGAGAAGGAACGGAAGGAGAAGGAAGGGAAGGAGAAGCGGGUUCAGGCUCAGGCAUGGAAGUGGAAGGGGCGGACUGGAUGGCUCGUGAUGCACGUGGUCAUGUUGACCAUGCAGCUGUGCAGAAGAGACACUCCUGGCCACCGGCCCUCCUGUCCCGAGCAUGCCAGCCGUUCGAAGCACGGUUACCAGACAACAGCAGCAGCGGCGGCAGCGGCAGCGGCAGUGGCAGCAGCAGCACGGCCGCGGGGCUGUUCGCCCUGCUGCCAGGAGCGACCCUCUCGACCCUCUCGUCCUCUCACUGGUUCCGCGCGUCGCACGCUGCCCCGGUGUCCCUGCUUGCGCUCCUCGUGCGCCUCCUGCGGUGCUGGCAGCGCCAGGCAGGGACGACGCACGGCACCGCUGCUGCUGCUGGUAGUGAAGGGAUGGGGUUAGUGGCCAGGAAUGAGAGUAGGGGGAGGGAAGGCGAGGAGGGUAGAAGCACAGCAGUUGGGGAGAGGUCGGGCGGGGCAGGAAGGGGAGGGGGAGGGGAGGGGCGGGCGGAGCUGCAUGUUCUGGUGCUGCGGCUGCUUAAGCGUUUCGCUCAGCUAAGCGACGAGUGCAGGAGAGCUCUGGAGGUGCUUUGCCCGGAGGAGUUUGAUAAGGGAAAGGGGAAGGCGGCGGCUGGAGGCCGCGGGGGAGGGGCUGGGGAAACGGGGGAGGCAGCAAAGGCAGCACGGGCAGGAGGAGCAGGGGGAGCAGGUGUGGGAAUAGGAGGCAGAGAGAUAGAGGUUGGAGAAAGUGAGAGGGGGAGUGGUGGUGGUGGCGGCAGUAGGGGUGGUGAGGAGAAGGGAGAGGGUGGGGUGUUGAGUGAAGCCGAUGCAAAGAAGUCGUUUGCUCGGGCAAGACAGCAGGCGUUGCUGGCAAAGAUGCGGGCAGCGCAGCAAAGAUUCGCAGCAAGCAUGAAUCAAGGCAAAGGAAAGGAGGGGGAGGAGGAAGAGGAGGAGGAGGAGGAGGAGGAAGAGGAAGAAGAGGAGGAGAAGAAGGGGAGGGUCUCUCCAGCCGUCCCUCCCCCACCUGGCAGCAUGGUGCUCGUCCCCCUGCUGCCCCCACUGUCCUGCCUGUUGCUUUUUAAGCCCCUUCCUCCCUUCUCCUAUCCUGUCUACCUACCUGCGGAUAACCCCCAUCAGAAGUCUCGUCUCGUGGGUCUCUCCAGCCGUCCCUCCCCCACCUGGCAACACGGUGCUCGCCCCCCUGCUGCCCCUGCUGCACCGCCUGCUACCUCCCGAGCUGCUGUGGCUGCCGCUCCCACAGCAGGUGUAGCAGGAGCAGGGGGGAUUGGGGAAGGAAAUACUGGGGCAGUCGCGACUGGGGCCGGGGGUACCGUAGGGCAGCAGCAGCAGCAGGGGUUGGGGCAAGCGGUGAUUGUGCUGGGGGGAGCACGUGCAGCUGCUGCAGCUGGUGCCACUGGUGGGGAAACGGCAGGAGGAAUGGGGACGGAGGCAGGGAUAGGCACAGCUGCUGCUGCUGCUGCAGCACUGACAGGAGCAGCAGCAACAGGAGCAAUGACAAACGGAGCAGCAGGAGCAGCUACGACAAACGGAGCAGCAGGAACAGCAGGAGCAGCAGGAGCAGCAGGAGCAGCAGGAGCAGCAACAACCACCACGGGGACGUGGGUGCAAGCCACAGAGUUUCUAGACUGGAUCAGAGCGACCUUGCGCGAGGGGGGAGGGGGGCCUGUGACUGUACAGGGGCCCAGGGGAGAGUGGCAGGUGGAUGGGGAGGAUUUGAUGGAUAUCCUGCAGCAGGAGCUACCGGGGGAGGUGCGAUUCACAACCACUAUAGUCACAGGGGAGGGGUGGCCGGUGGAGGAAGAGGAAGAGGAUGAGGAUGUGGAGGAGGAAGGAGAGGAAGAUGGAGAGGAAGAGGGAGAGGAGGAGGAGGGGGAGGAUGAGAUGAUGGACGGGCAGGGGCUGAUGCUGCUGGGGGAGGAAGAGAUGAGAGAAGUGGGGGGUGAAAUGUUUUCAGAUACGGAUAAUGACACUGGUGAUGAUGAUGAGGAGGAGGAUGGGAAUGGUGCUGGUAAUGGUGCUGGUAAUGGUGCUGGUACGGGUGGGGAUGGUGCUGGUGCUGGUGGGGAUGGGGAUGGGGAUGAGGUGAUGCAAGAUGCUGCGAGUCAGGGGUUGGAAGAGGAUGGGGAUGAGGGGCAGCAAGGGGGGGGGGGACCACCCGAGCAGCAAGAUGGACAGACCCAAGGGGUGCCGGGGACUGCAGCAGCAGCAGCACCACAUGUGGAGCACGCAGGUGCAACAGCACCCGCGGCAGCAGCGGCAGCAGGGGCAGCAGCGGCAGCAGGGGCAGCAGGGGCAGCAGGGGCAGAAGGGGCAGCAGGGGCAGCAGGGGCAGCAGCAGUGGAGCAGGCAGGUGCAGGUGGCAUGGGCACUCAUGGCAUAACCACAGUGCCGCCCAUUGCUGCAGUGCUGCCCGUUGCUGCAGUGUUGCCCGUUGCUGCAGUGCCGCGCGUUGCUGCAGUGCCGCCCGUUGCUGCAGUUGUGGGAGCAGGCACUGCCAUUCCUGAAACCACAGCAGGAGCCACCGUACCGACAGGGAGAGCCGGAGCCACCGUACCGACAGGGGGAGGGCAGGGAAGUGGAGGGGAAGCACGAGCAGCGGCAGGGGGAGCGCGAGCAGGGGCAGGGGGAGCGCGAGCAGGGGCAGGGGGAGCGCGAGCAGGGGAGGGGGGAGCUGGCGCAGCCAGGGGGAGGUUGGAUGCGGUGCAGGCUGCAGCAGGGGAGGUGUUUCGUGGGUUCUGGAUGAACAUUCCCCCCAUCAGGCGCACUGCCAGGCUGAGGCGCAGGGGUAUCUCGGGGAGGGCGGAUCUGUUUGGGCAGGCAGGGGGAAGGGGGAGAGGAGUGGAGGAGAGGGAGAGUGGGGCGGUGGUGGGCGGGGGGAUGGCGAGUGGGGUGUGUGUGAAGGGGUGUGGGCAUGUGAUACAUCAUUCGUGCAUGGACCAGUACUUUUCAAGUCUCUACCAGAGGUAUCUGAGUGGUUCUUUCUAUGAGGGAUCGUCAGUGGUGGAUCCUGAAGCGGGCGAGUUCCUGUGUCCCGUGUGCCGCCGUCUCGCCAACGCCACGCUCCCUCUGCUCCCAUCUCGCUCCCCGCCUCUGCCCUCCCCACCGCUUCCCUCUCGUCCUCUCCCGGCUGCUAUGCCCUCUCCUCCCCUCCUUGGGGUUCCCCUCUCCACCCCCCUUGCUGCACUCGCUGAAUCCCAAGAGGCUAUAGAGGCCACAGCCAUGCGCAUCUGCCAGGUGGCACGCUCCGAUUCGUCGAGAUUCCGCCACGUGGCGCUUGGUCGCGAGCUACAAGGCCUGCUGAUCUGGCAGAGUUUGGAGUACACCGUCGCCUGCGCUGAGCUGGCAGGGCGAGGGGCACCACCUGGCUGUCCAGCUGGCAGAGUUGACACGUCAGCACAGUUCUGGGGGCUGGGGGAGACAGCAGCAGCAAGGAUGAGGACAGGUGGCGCGAUGUGGUUGACUACUGCUGAGGCAAGAGUUGCGGCAUUGGCUGCUUGUGCGGAGGAGGAAGGGGGGAAGGGGGAGUGGAUGGAGGGGAGGGCAGAGGGAGGGGGGAGUGGAAGUGCAAGCAUUGGUGAGCGUGAGCAAGAGAGAGGUGGGUCAGGCAGUGCGAUGCAAGUAGGGAGUGCAGGAGGUAUGGAGGUAGGAGGGGAUACCAGCAGUAGUGGUCAAUCGAGGGGUGAAGGAGGGAACAGCAUAGGAAGAGAGGUGGGCGGUGGUGAGGAGAGGAGCAGGGAUGGUGAAGGGAGGAGUGGCGGUGGGGAGGAGAGAGGUAGCAGUGAGACGAUGGACGAGGAGAGGAGACAUCAGGAGUGGAGGAGGCAGCUUAUAGAGAGGAUGCAAGGGGGUUCGCAAGGGGGGGGAAGGAAGAGGAAGGCGGAGGGCACAGUAGGAGCACUGGCUCGCCUGGCAGUGGCGCAGGCGUCUCACAGCACACAUGCUGUCUUACUCAGGACACGUGGCAUGCUGCUAUUGGUGGACAGCUUGGCCCCUGGGACACCGUUGGAAGCAGCACAAUCCGCACCUCUUGUUGCAGCCGUCCCUUCAUCUGGUUCUCCCCACCCCUCCCACCCCUCCCAUCCCUCCUCCUCCUCUGCUUCCACGUCCACCUCCCCACCUCCCUCUCUCCCCUCCUCCCUCACCACCGCCCCAUCCCCAUCCUCUCCCCUGGAGGAAAACGCCUUUCUCCGCCUCCUCGCCUCCCCCGCUCUCGUCCGUGACCCCUUCCUCUCCCUCUCCCGCCUCCUCUACUGCCUCCUGCCGCUGCCCCUUCCCCACCUCGCCUCGCCUUCCCACCCAUCUCAACACACAGCUUCAGGUUCGAUGCAGCACAGAGCAUACAGUGAGGAGGGUACAGGGGGUGUGGUGAGGGAUGCAGUGCAUCUGGCAUACACAGCAGCAGUGGCUCAAGCGCUGCUGCUUCUCGCCCCUGCUGCCAUCCGCCUAGGCUUACUCCCCUCUCCUCUUCCUCUUGGCAGUGUUCUUAAUCAGGCAUCCUCAGGGCCUAAUAGCGUUCCUGAGCCUGCCCCUGCUCUGCCGCCGUUCCUCUCGUCUCUGCUCGCUGCCAUGCUGCAUGCGCUAGCUGCUGGUUCCCCGCCGUCUACCCCAGCGACAGAUGCUGCUGGUGCUGCUGCUACACCUGCAACCGUCACACCAUCAGCAGCAGCAGCAGAAAUACCACCAAUCCCCUUGCUCGCCACAUCUCCCUCCCACUCUGCCUCUACCCCCUCCUCCCCCUCUGCACCUCUCCUGCCGGACCUCCUCCUCCAGCAGACCUCGUUCCUGGAUGCCGUGCGUCGCCUCUCCCUGCCCUUCCUGCGCCGCUCCGCCCUCCUCCUGCACCUCCUCUCCCGCAACGUCCUCCCUCUGCUGCUCAUGCCCUCCGCUCCCUCCUUGCUCUUCCCCUCCCAACCGUCAACCAUCCCCUCCCACCCCUCAAUGCGGUGGCACAGCAGGAGGUGGCGGAGGCAGCUGUGUGGGAGAGGGAGUUGCAUCUGCCUCCGCUCCCUGUGUUGCUCUCAGACCCUGCUGCUGUGCACCUGA